AUGGAAGACCAGCACUUGCUGCCAGGCCGCCGAACAGACAUCACGUGUCGCGACAUCAGCUCUGGUACCACCUGGGCCUUGGAUGUUUCUGUAGCUGAUCCUCAAAAGGGGUUUCCGCACUCCAACGCAGCUACAGUAAUCGGUUCAGCAGCAGCCACUCGUGAAAGUGAGAAGACUACCCACUAUGCUGCAGCACUUCGGGACCGCCCGGACGUCAAACUGUUUCCUCUUGUCAUCGAAACCUUCGGUUGCUUCGGCGCUUCCUUCAACAACUUCCUUCGCCAAUGCAGCCGUAGGGGGGCUUCACAUGUUCGUGACUUGAGUGGUGCCACAGAUUCUCUUCCCCAGCUGUUUGAGUCCAACUUCUACAAGCGGAUAUCUCUUAUCCACCAGCGUGAGCAGGCUCGCACUGUUUGUCGGCGUGCGCAAAUCCGUUUUACCGAGGGCGUCAACCACGUUCCAUCCGAGUCCGCAUUCUCCGAGAUGGCAUCCGUCGCGCUACUCCGCCCACCCCCCCUCGCGUGCCCUUCAAUCGCCUUUCCCCGCGCGCAAGGCCCCGCGUCGACUCGCCAUGUGUCGCUGGGGAGGGCCGUGGGAACGACGAGGCGCAGCACGCGGGGAGGCCUGCGCGUGCGCGCGGAACAAGGAAGCGGGGCGGGGGGAACAGAGCAGCGCGGCGCAGAGCGGGAGAAGGAGUCGCGGAAUGAGCUCCGCCUCAUGUCCGUUGCGCCCAUGCCCGUCGCCGCGCUUGCUGCUGCUGAUGCGCUGAGGGAGCUGUUGGAGCCGUAUGGGGAGCUGGUGCGGUCGUGGGACCUUCCUGACUGGCUCAUUCACUGGGGGCACCCCGGCAACAUGGCAGUGGUUCUUCUAGCCAUGGGGGGAUACGGCUCUUACCUGGGAUGGCAGAUCCGCCUCGCUUCCACGCCUGAGGCCAAGGAAGCAGCACGGGCAGCCCACCCGCCCAUCAUGGCCUUCAUGUUUCUCUUCUUCGCCAUCGGUGCCACUGGUGGGCUCACCUCCCUCGUUACGACCGGCCGACCCAUCUUUGAAAGCCCGCACGCAUACUCAGGCAUGGCUGGUCUCGUGCUGCUCACCAUUCAGACUGCAUUGACUGCCUUCUUCAAGGGCAAUCCUGACCUGCGGGGUGUGCAUGGCUUUUUGGGGAUUUUCAUCAUGCACGCGGCGGCGUCCGCGCUGGCGACGAUGGCGACGACGUUCCCGUCGGCGAUGCAGGAGGAGGCGUUCCUGAAGGCCGUGGCGGUGGAGCUGGCGAAGCUGGGGUUCCGCAAGGACAACGGCAUCGCGCUGGUGAACACGUGCCGCGACGAGGUGUGCCGGCCCGUGGUGAGCAUCAUCGACCGCGAGUUCGGGCUGAGCUUCAACAUCUCGGGGCUGGGCGGGCUCGUCAACUGCGGCAAGGUCGGCUUCAAAGCCGCCAUGAGCCACUCGCCCGAGUUCCCCUGCGACGUCGACGGCAACCUCAAGGAGCGAUACAUUUUCUUUGCGUUCCCGCACGUGUCCAUCGGCGAGUCGGGCGAGGUGGGGUCGCUGCUGCGUCGCGGUCGCGGCAAGCCGUCGAGCGCGUGCGGAGCGUUGAUCGCGAUCAACAACGACAUCAACAACGGCGUGGCGCCCAGCAUGGACAGCGACGACCCCGAGUACACGCUGCUGCGCAAGAAGAUCAUGGCUAAGGUGUCGGGCGGCAACAAGUCGCUAGUCGACGUGACGCGCGCGGCGUUGGCGGCGAUCAACGAGGAUCUCGAGAAGCUCAUCUCGCUGACGGUGGACCCCGCCACGGCGGACUACGCCGUGAUCACGGGCGUGCAGAUCCACUCGGGCGACCAGAUUCCCGGCCAGCCCUUCCGCAUCGAGCGCACCUGCGACUACAUCGCGCCCGACAAGAUGUACGCCGUCGUUCGCGGCCAGAAGUACGAUUUGAAGGUUGAGACGCCCAAGUCGGAAGGCGUCGCUGCCAUGGUUUGA